ACAUCUUUCUCUUCUUUCCGAAGGCUUCGCAUCUGCCAAACUGGGAGAGGAAAGAAACUCUCCCUCUCCUUUUGGAUCCCCCCAGAAUUGAGCAAUUCAUCAUUCCCACUUCUUUCAGUCUGUCUGCUUUUCGGCCAAUUCCACACCCACCCCACCCCGGGUUUUAAGUCAACUUUACAACCAGCGAUUCAGUGAUUUUGGGUGACAGAAGCUCUAAACUAAACAGAAAGAUGCAAAGAAAGAGGAAAGUGGGGAAUUAGAAAUCAUAGAACUAGGCAAGCAAGGAAAGGGGUGACCGGGUUGAAAUGUACUGUUGUGCAAGCUUGAUUUUCACUUUUGCAAAGCAUUUUGGGCAGUGAAGCAAAAUGCGUUCCGUUAACUGCACAGGAGAUAAGGGAGCUGACUUACUCUUACUUAGCAUAACACUGCCAAUGAAACAUGUGGCGUUUCCAUUUCAGGAUUCCGUGUUCUCGAGGAUUUCUUAGAGCACCACAGACUGAGGGGAGUUCAGAUUUUCCUGACACAAACCAUUUUCUGUUUUGGGGUGGUGGAAUGGGAGGAAAUGGAAAUGGAAGUGGGGGUGGGAGAGGAAAUGAACACAAUUGCAAUUGCUCAAUGCUUUGUGGGUCUCGGAGGGAUGGUUUUGCUGAAGUAUGUGGGCGAAGCAGAAAAUAAAAUAAAUAGUGGGGAGGGGAGCAUCACAUUGACAAAGGCUAAGAGCAGCCAGGAAAUCUUAUAGAAAUCACCCCAAGGGGAAAUGAAAAUAUAAUUUUCUGUCGCUUGUGUCUUUUGUAAUGUUUGGCUCUAGUUUGUAACUCACUUUCGACAGGCUAGUUUUAUUGAUUUUUAAUGAGACAACUUUGGGAUGAGUGGUUUAAAUUUUCAACUUUUUGUCUUUGCUUUGGGGGUUGUUCUUUGGAAAUGUGCGCUGCAGUUGCAGCAAUGCCUGAUUAUAGUGAUCCCAGCUUACCGAGCAAUGGCAGCACAAGUCAUAUUAUUAUAACAUCUAAAAAUUAUAGCAUGGUACUAUUCUCCUUCCUAUACACAGUGGUGGUGAUGUUUAAGGAUGUUUUUCAUACACAUAAUGAACUGCUUUGUUAUACCGUUUCUGGAUUUCUUUUUCAACAAGCUCUGCAACACCUUCCAGCCACUAGUAGUUGAAUAAUUUACUGUUGAAUUUACUCUGAGCUCUCUGAGCUGAACAUCUAAAUACAAACGUAGGGCACUUGAUUGAAAGGAGGUAUUGGACUUGUACAUAUAGUCAGUGCAUAGAUUGUUGGUCAUUAGAUACCAUCCAAGUUCCUGAAAGAUAGCAGAGAGUAAACACAAGGUGGAAUAUUCCAUUAUUGCUUUAGGUGAUUGGUUAUUUUCAUCUUCAGGAUAGUAUCCAUUUAUGUCAUUGUUGAAGACAGGAUGGAGGUUAGAAUUUCUAAGAAGACAGGAUGGAGGUUAGAAUUUUUAAGAAGUGUGAACUUCAAAGAAGUGUGGGCUGCUGCACGUCAUACCCUUCUCAUCACUUGAUUUGUCAGUUCUUGAUGACUUGGAACAGGCACCCCCAAACUGUGGCCCUCCAGAUGUUUUGGCCUACAACUCCCAUGAUGCCUAGCUAACAGGACCAAUGGUCGGGGAAGAUGGUAAUUGUAGUCCAAAACAUCUGGAGGGCCAAAGUUUGGGGAUGCCUGACUUGGAAGCUGGAUGUCUGAACUGUUUACCAGAUAAUUUAACAUAAUGUGAAUACAGAAAUUUACUGAUGAACAAAAGUAUGAAUUGGCCUUCAGGUUAAUUUUUUGCUUUUUUGUUUUCUCUUGCCCCCAACUGAUACUUUGCCUGGCUUCAAUUUUUUACAUUCCUUACCUGUAGAACUGAAACUGAUCUAGCUUGGACAUACUGAGUAAGAUAUGGAUAUAAGGUAAAGGAAGUAUAGAGCAAGAUACCCUUGUUGAUCAUACUGAUAGAGAAAAAUCUGAUAAAAGCCAGCUCUUAUCAGACCAUCAGCUCAACAGCAACAUCACAGCCAUUGCCAACAUGUAACUGAACAAGAGUUGAAGCUAAAAUUACAGAUCUAAGAAUGCUUCAUAGCAAGCCGGUCAAAUAUGUCUAAGGGUUGAACUAUAGGCCUGAUAGGUCCACUGCCUUCCAAUUUUCCUUCCCCUUUUUGAAAACCGAACAGAAUAUAAAAGUUAAGGAUUUGCAGUAUAAUAUUGCAUACUUUCCAUGGUAGUUUCUGAACUGAUGCUAAGCAAAAUAUAAACAUGAACUUUAAAGAUUUUCAAAUGUGACUGAACAGGAAAGGGUACACAGCUGAUAUAAAUGAAACUUUUUUUCAUAAGGCCAAAUUCUGAUCCCAAAUACAGAAGCCCCAUUGUGUCUUUUAUUAGGCCAAAAUUAUAGUCCGGUAUAAAUCAGCUAUUUGGCAUUUUUGAGGAUUUGAUUUAAAGUUCUCCAAUUCUUUCUUUUUAAUGUAGGCUCAUCAACUUGGUAUCUUUCUCAGAAUAUUUAUUUCCCUUUUCCCUGUGCAUGUGAAGAACUGAGCUACAGGUGAAAAAAAUCUGUGUUUCUCUGUAUUGAAAUGGCAUAUUGUUGUGAGGUUGCAUGCCACCCCCAGAGCCGUCUUUUCCAUAGGGCAUAGUGGUGUGUCAUGCCAGGGCGCCAAGAUUUGUUUUAAGAAGUAUGGGUGGCUGAACUGCAGAAAAUGUUACAAAUUUCUACCGUACUGUUUCUCAACAAACUCCUUUCCUAUCUUAUUUGCUACUUAUCAAAUAUUUUCUAUUCCUAUACUGUAUAACAAAAGAAUAGUCUAAUAAUUUGUUGCUAUUUCUCCCUCCAGCAAUUGUUUCCAAGUUUGGGUAUCAAUUAAGAGAGUUAAUAUCAUGAUUCAUCUCCAUAAUAAUGGCAAUAGUAUUUCAUAUUAAACCUCAUUACUAUUAUUGUUUUGAAAACACGACCCACUACUUCUGCCUUAAAAAGCUGUUGUUGUUUUUAAGUAACCUAAAUGAUGAAAAUGGCUUUUGAAAUGGCUGACUUUACAGCUGUAAAAUAAUGCCAUCAAUUUAAAUAUUUGUCAGACUAGGAGUUAUAAUAAAAAGUGGUGAACCAAGGUCCUGUCAUAUGCUGCAGUGGAAUAGCUUCACUUUUUAUUACCUGUUUUUAAAAAGAAAAGAUGUUAAGGCACAUCAUUUUCUGUUCAAAUGUUCUUAGAACUGAAAAAACAAGGACUUGUAAUGAAACCAAUUACUAAUAUAUUUUGUGACUGUUGUUUUCAACUGAGUCCUCUUUUGCAUAGCUGGUUUUCCUAAUAAAUAAACCAAAGUUACUGCAAAAGUAUUUCCUAAUCGUUUUCUGAACAUUGCACAAGGGUCAACUGAACAUCUUCAACUGAAGACUGCAUAACCCACUUCUUAUUAAAAAACACACACAAUUUUCUGGGUUACAAAGUAGAUCAGAAACUUAAUUUAUUAUCUUGAACAGGAGAGCUAGUCCUGCAAAAAAGAAAAAAAUACUUAAUUGGUUAAAGUCUUUAUCACAGAUUGUUAAGAGUUAGAAUUAGAACUUGCUAAGAGUUAGAAUGAAGUCACUUGCAGACUACCUGUUUACUGGGCACUGAUCCUGAUUUGUUUGCACAAAGUUUGUGGGGAGGUUAUAUGAUGUCACAUCAACUACCUGUCUUCCCACACUUUCCGAUUUUUUCCCCAUCACAUUCAUUGCUGCAAAUGUCUGUUUUUAAUUUUUUUAAAUGGUCCAUUGUGCAAGAGCCCAAAUCUAUUUUAAAUGCACAACCUGAAUUUGUGGUUAUGCAUGGAAUCCCACAAGCAAAAGGCAAGUCAGGAAGCACACUGGGAUUCACAAAGAACUACAGUUCUUGCUUUCAGAGUAAUUUAUAUAGGCAAUUUGUAGCACAGGAUGGUUAAGAUUGGCUGUUUCUAUUGCCUUUAUAUGACAAGCAAGGCACUAUGAAGAAACAGUGACUCUGCCUCAGUGGUUCAGCAGGUUUCCCUUUUUAAAUACCAGUCUUUUAGCAUCCAGCGGCACUUGAGCCAGAGUAUUACAAGCUCCAUUUAAAUGUUUUGCUGUUCAGGGGCUGUUAAAGCAAGAGAUCAGGAGCUGGAAAUGUACAAUAGUUCCAAAAAAUGAAAUCGGGUUUAAGAACCAGCUAUGCCAGGAGACGUGCCGAACAGCUGAAAAACACCUUAUUGUAAUCAUCUUUAUUUGGGAAGCGGGGGAUCACAGCCCGCUUCUCCUGUUCAUAUUUGCACGCAAGCAAUUCUAACUGAAUAGGGCUUACUCCCAGGAAUGUAUGCAUUGCAGAAGCGAAGUCUUUCUGGAAAUUAUUAGGCAAGAAUAAACUCAACUGCAGGUAACGGGAUCUACUACUACUCGCCUUGUGGGCGAGGAAAAGUUUGCAGUGUCACGCAGCUCGAGCGCAUUUCCUAGAAGAGGCUAUUUACUGUACUGUUAAACUAUUAAAACCAGAAACUUGCGCGGUGGCGGGCAAACGACGCGCAUGCGCUGUGUAGCACAAACUCAGCGAGCCGCUCCCAACUCUGCUGCGACCGCGAUUCCCGGGCAGAGCCGGCCGGCAGCUCCGCGCAUGCGCCUCGGUCACCUUGCCAGCCGGCGACUUUCCGCUGCCCGGCGACGCGGGAAGCACAGCGCAGGCGCUCCUAACGCGGCAGGAGCGCAGUGACGCCAACGCGCAUGCUCGGAGGGAGGAGAGGAGGAAAAGCCGCCGACUCUUGGCCGGGCUCCUCCUAUCAGGACCCGGCGGGCACGCAGGCGCGUGGGGGAAGCGGCCGGAGCGCGGCUGUUGGGCCGCGGAUGCUGAAGGGAUGGGUCGCUGAGGGGAAUUUUCUCGCGCGCCGCAUCGGGAGGCCUCGCCCUCGGCAGCCCAGUCAUGAAUAGCUGACCCUCAUCCUUUGCACUCACUGAGAGGAACCAGGCCUCUGAGGCGGCGGCCUGGCGUGUUCCCCUCUUCCCGGGGCUUGAGCGGCGGGUGCGGCAGGGCCGCCCGCCUGCUCCCUGAGGCGCCGGCAGGAUGAAGCUGGUGCGGAAGGACAUCGAGAAGGACAACGCCGGGCAGGUGACGCUCAUCCCCGAGGAGGCCGAGGACAUGUGGCACGCCUACAACCUGCUGCAGGUCGGGGACAGCCUGCGGGCCUCCACCAUCCGCAAGGUGCAGACGGAGUCGGCCACGGGCAGCGUGGGCAGCAACCGGGUGCGCACCACCCUGACGCUGUGCGUGGAGACCAUCGACUUCGACUCCCAGGCGUGCCAGUUGCGCGUCAAAGGCACCAACAUCCAGGAGAAUGAGUACGUCAAGAUGGGCGCCUACCACACCAUCGAGCUGGAGCCCAACCGCCAGUUCACGCUGGCCAAGAAGCAGUGGGACAGCGUGGUUCUCGACAGGAUCGAGCAGGCCUGCGACCCGGCGUGGAGCGCCGACGUGGCGGCUGUGGUGAUGCAGGAAGGUCUGGCGCACGUCUGCCUGGUGACGCCCAGCAUGACCCUGACUCGGGCCAAGGUGGAGGUGAACAUCCCUCGGAAGCGGAAGGGCAGCUGCGCCCAGCACGACCGGGCGCUGGAGAGGUUCUACGAGCAGGUGGCGCAGGCCAUCCAGCGCCACAUCAACUUCGACGUGGUGAAGUGCGUGCUGGUAGCCAGCCCGGGCUUCGUGAGAGAGCAGUUCUGCGAUUACAUGUUCCAGCAGGCUGUGAAGACGGACAACAAGCUGUUGCUGGAGAACCGCUCCAAGUUUUUGCAGGUACACUCUUCCUCUGGACAUAAAUAUGCAUUAAAAGAAGCUCUGUGUGACCCAGCUGUGACUAGUCGACUUGCUGAUACUAAAGCAGCUGGUGAAGUCAAAGCCUUAGAUGAUUUCUACAAGAUGCUACAACAUGAGCCUGACCGGGCUUUCUAUGGUCUCAAGCAUGUGGAAACAGCCAAUGAAGCCAUGGCUAUUGAUACCUUAUUGAUCAGUGAUGAACUUUUUAGGCAUCAGGAUGUGGCUGCGCGCAGUCGUUAUGUCCGGCUAGUUGAUAGUGUGCGUGACAACAUGGGCACUGUUCGCAUCUUCUCCAGUCUUCAUGUGUCUGGGGAACAGCUUGGACAACUAACAGGUGUGGCUGCCAUUCUGCGUUUUCCUGUUGCUGAGGUCUCUGAUCAGGAAGAAGAUUCCAGUUCUGAAGAAGAUUGAUGAUGGUGUACUCAUUCACCCUUCUCAUGUAAUGACUGCUUCAGCAGGGGAGGGGGUGUCUUUGUCCCAAAUAUUAUAUGCUUCUGUACCAUGCCUUACCAAAAGGAAAAAAAACAAUGGGAACCCUAUUUUUUUAAGUGACUGGUAAGGUGAGCAUUUAGUGUGCUGCUCUAGAAUAUUGCAUAUUUAUACAUUUUCCUUGUGUGAGUGGUAAUGAUUAUGAUAGUUCUCUCUUAGCAAAACUGGACUGACGUAUCUAAUUGGAAAACAUUGCUGGUGCUUUGUGGAACAUGUGGAAAACUAAUAAACUGAAACCAUGAAAGAAGAUAAUGCUUUGCUUAAGUAUUUUCUGUGUUUUGCACACACACACACACACACACACACACACACACACACACAAAAGUUUCUCCCCCCUCCCCCCUGUUAUCAUGGAACUUGUUUUAAUGCUAGGAUGUUAUAACUGAUUAUUGUUGAAGUGUUUAUUAAGUUGAGAUGGUGUGACAUAUUGUAAGUGUAAUUGUGUUUUAGUCGUUAUUUGUGUGGCUGAAAGAUUGUGGCUGAUUUUGCACAAUCCUUUCAACUUACUACUCAGAUGGGCACAAGCUACAAGCACCCACAUGUAGCUGAUUUAUUCCUUUCUUCACAUGAGUGGCAAAACAAAGGUUAAUGGCUUCCAAACAAACCAGUAUACAAAGCCACAAUUUAAAAUUGUUUGGAAGCCAUUAAUUAUAGGUUCAAAUAACAGGAAGGUAUGGGUAACUGGAUUCCAGUUUUGUUUCCUAACUUACAUGAACAGAGAAAUGAAAUGGGAGCAAAGGGGCUGGAUAUGGGUGCAUGAUGCUUGAGUAUAUAUUGUUUAUUAAGCUGUGAUUUGAUCAUGCCAACACGGCCAUUGAUUUACUCUGUUGUUGAAUUAAGAAUUUUAGUUGCAACAAAUAGCCAUUUAAAAAAAUUAAAAGCAAAAAUAAUAUUUGAUUUAUUAAAAAAAGGAUCUUAAGCAGAACUCCAUGGACAUUGUUAAUGUGUAAGGUAGGUCAUGUGUGGCCUACCCAUAUUUUAUUAAAUAUUGUUAUUGCUGGAUUAAUCAUAACUGGCACAUUUCUCAUGGCCACUUAGAUCAUAAAAAGCAGUUUUCAUAGAAUAGUAUAAUCACUAAAAAGCUAAAACAUGUUUUAAUAAAAUGUUGGCAACAAACUUAUUUUGUAAGGAUUUUACUAGUCUUGCUCAUGUGUCCUAUUAGUUUAUUUUAUUAGGAAGUAAGCACAGAUUCAAUAAGUGAACAGCUAAACAAAAUCAGUGAAAGAAUGAGCUGGGAGGUGGUUGGAUUGGGGGAACCAAGUCUUUGUUCCCAGUGUGCAGUCUACUGAUCUAAGCCCUCGUUUCUAGGCACCUUUCUCUAAAGAUAAGUUCCAUUGAAAUCUGUGGGCUUACUUGCAAGUCUUUUUCUUUCUUUUUUUUGCAAGUCAACAUAUAUAAGAUUGGGCUGUUAUUCAGGAAUAUUUUCUCCUUGUGGGCUUGGAUUCUGCAAUCCCAAAAUUUAUUAUUAUGUGUGUGUCUAAUCUUCUGGAUUUGGGAUUAUAGUCUCUUUACUUUCCUUCCCUUAUUUAUUGCACUUGACCACCUUGCCUUUAAGGAGCUCAAGACGGUGUCUCAUAAUUUCCCCCCGCUCCUCCCAACAUUUAUAUUCCUUUUAUAGCUGUGUGAUACAGUGUCCACCAUCUUCAUGCCUUCCAUCAUCCUUGACUAUUGACCAUCCUUGUUGGACCUGAUAGGAGUUUUGGUCCAAAACAUUUGGAGGGCCACAGGUUGGUGAAGGCUGGUACAUAGGUCAAAAGACUGGUGAAUAUUCAGCUAACUUAAUUGCAGAAAAGCUUUCUUCACUGGCGUAUACUGUUAUUUGCACUUCUCACUGCUAAUAUGUUAAAGUGAUAAAUGUACUAAAUCAAGGCUUUGUAUUUUUUUUCCAAGCUGAGAAAACUGGAAGACUUUUUUUGUGGGGGGCAAUAGAGCUCAAGAAAAUGGAACUCAAUUAACUGUAUACCAAGGCCAGUAUGACCUAGUGCCUUUUACCAGUUGCUUGACACCACAGGAGGGAAGAGUGCUCUUUUCUCUUUUGCUCAGUUUCUGCCUGCAGGUUUCCCACAGUUCAGUAACUGUGAAAAUAGAGGAGGCUAGACUACAUAGGCCACUGGGUUUAUGCAACAGACUUUUACGUUGAGAUGAAUUAGAAUUAAGGUGCCCUGAGUUUGAAUUCCCAUUAUUUGCUGAAUUUGAACAAAGCCCAGUGUUGGAUCUGAACAACACUUAAUUAUGAAGUCUGAGUCAUCUGCAGGAUUCUUAGCUCUGUUUUCCUCCAGUAGACAGUUGUCUACUUUUUUACAAACAGCAUUCUAAUUCUUUUGUAUAGUUUACUGGAAAUUCUCCAGAAUCUUAGUUUAUUAUUCUGCAAAUGUUAAAGAUUAAGGCAGAGAAGCUCAAACAAAAGUUCUUUUAUGGUCUGUCGGGGGGGGGGGGGAGAGAACUGGCAGAUUUGAAUUCUGAGCUGGAAAACUGAAAGAUUUACACUGUAUAAGGUUUUAUCUGAAAUACUGGUGUUUAGUCACAAAUGAAAUUAAUUGCUACAUGAAUUUCAGUUGCAGCAUUUUGAGAGUGGGUUAUAAGAGCUCUGAAAAAUGCACAUACAGUACUCUGUAUGUGAUGCACAUUUUGCUGGAGAAAGCUGGGAUUGGAGUAAUAUAUGACAACCCAGAAAUGCUUGGUGUUGCACUAAGCAUGUUGCAUGUUGAGCAUACCAUUCCCCACCCCCCACCCAGGGAACUGCAGUGUGCUCUGAAGUUGAUUGUAUCAGUGGUGCAGUUAAAGACUGGAGGAAGCCAAAGAAAGAAUUAAUGGUUUCAGUGUUUAGGAGAUGCCUGGAUGCCACGUGUAACAAUGGAGGAGUAGAUUUAGUGUACAAGAGAAGGCCAGAGCUCAGUACUACAAUAUCUACUCCACACGCACAAAGUCCCAGGUUCAAUCCGUAGCAUUUCCAGGUAAGGCUAGGAAUGCCCUGUUUGCAACUGAGUAGUUGCAUCAAGCUAGUGCAAACAACACUGUUAGAUGGACCAAUUCAUUACUGUUGCUAAAAAAUAAAAAUCCUGCAAAUGUCCCUGGGUGGACACACUGUUGCCCCGCUGACAAUUGCAGACAGCCCUAUCUUUUAUCCCUGGGAACAAUAGUUUUUCAGUAUGAAGCAGGAAAUUGCCUACCCAGGCAUGGAUAUAGGUUCCUCCCCCUUUUUAAUAUCAUUGUCUUUGCUUCUCCCUUCAGGUUGCUCAAGUCCAUUGCCUCCUUUUGACAGUUCUUCCCCCUGUGGUGUCUCAACAUCUCAUGCUAUUAAGUUCUUAUGCAGCUGUUUUGGGAGUGCUAACCCAAAGGGAUUUCUUCCAAUAUAUAUGUGUGUGUAUUUCUGAACACCUUGAGAAUACCCCAAAUUUGCUGAUGCUUCCCUCUUGUUUUGGCUACAUAAACAUUGGUGCUUGAGGAAAAUUAGUUGGCAAUAAUAUAUAGGUAACAACAAGAGACUUCACUUUUUCAGUGGUUUUUUCUUUCUAAUGACAAUAGUUUUCUUUGCAUACAGGUUUUUGAAUAACGUCUACAGCCUUCUCGCAGGCUGCCACCUGAAAGUAUUUUGUUAGAGAAUAAAUAACGCUGCAGUGUGAUUCAUUUUCCUUUAUUUAUUGGUCAAAAGAGCAGAGCCAGCAAAAUGUCUCUUCCUCUCUCCUUUACUGAUAAUAACUUUUUAAACUACUUUUUUGCUGUUUUCUGGGGAUCAUAAGAGCACUAAUGGAAACAACGAGAUUUUUACAAGCAAUAAUUCGGUUCUUGUUAUCGACUUCAACUACUGUAAAAGGCACUGAAAAGCUUGAUCAUGGCCUCAUAAAAUGCAUUGUGAAUCCUAGCACCACUUAAUUAUCAACAACUUUUUAUGAGAUGCACUCUUCUUCAGAGAACGUAUAACCCACAAGAAACCCCUUCAUUACAAGGCCCAGUAAAAGGAGAGGGAGGAGCAAAAUAAACGUGACCAUACUCUUUUUGCAUCUUAAUUUUAUUUUGGCUUACAUAGGACUGGACCCUUUGGCCCUUAGCCUUUACUUGGAGAUUCUGUAGUCCUCUAGAAGUUUCGCACUACAAACCCAGUCAGCAAGGCUAUCAUUUGAAGAUUGUAAGAGUUGCCGUCUGAAACAUCUGGAGGGCACCAGGUUGAGGAAGGUAGCCACUGAAGAACAGAGUCUGUUGUUUAGAUAAAUCACCAUGUUAGGCAGUGUGGUCAUACUUUGUUCCACUUGAAUCAGUCCUUGGAAACCUAUGAUGCUGAGCUUCUCCCACCAACCCCCCCCCCCCACCUUAUGCUGUUUUCCCAAAGCUGGGUAAAUGAAGUGCUGGGCUUUGGGAAAGGGAUAUAAGGGCUCUGACAGGGUCCUAGAGUCCUUCAUCCUACUUUCCAAAGCCUAGUUAGUGCUUCCCCAGCUUUGAGAAGGAGGUAGAAAAGUUCUAGGACUCAGACAUGAGUCUCACGCCUCCCCAAAACCGAGUGCUUCACUUAGCCACCUUUGGAAAGACAGCAUGAAGUUUGGUGUGGACAUCAAAUUUUGGACUCGCUUCCCUCCUUCUGACGUGACAAGGCAGUGUGCAGCCCACAGGUUCCAUGUCGAAAUACUCUUGCGGUCCACUUGGUAUGAAAUGUUGGACUGCCCUGGUCUAGCCACUCGAUAAAACUGGCCAUAGGCUGUCACAAAGGCGGAGUAAUCACAUUUGCACAUACACUGAACAUACCAUGUUUCAUCUAGUUCCAUAUCCUGCUCUGAAAGUGGCCAGCUGUGACUACGAUGACUAUGGGAAGCUGCCAAGCAGGACAUGAGCACAACAGCCCCCUCUCUACUUGUAAUUCCCAGGAACUGGUGUUCAGGCAUUGACCUCAACAGUGGAGUCACGGUGAUUCAUAUUCUUUCCCCCUACAUUUUUCUUUUCUUUU